AUGUCAGAAACCAGUAACAACCCGACUCCAGUGGAAAAGAAGAGAUCUGAUAUAAAUUGGGUUGUGCUAAGAAGUAAAGAUGAGAACGGCUACGAAAUAGUGGACAUGGUACAAAACGCAUUUUUAGAAAUGCUAAAUAAAGAUACCAACAAUUGUCUUCACAACUGUUAUUUGAUGUACUUGGACAAGACAUAUAUCCCUAAUUGCAUUUAUAGAUGCACCAAUUGUCUUACAAAAAAUAGUCUAUUAAACGAACGUUUAAUUAGAGACGUAGUUAAAGUUUACACAAAUAACAAAUUUAUAACUGGAAAUGAAAGAGAAGAUGAAAUCUUAGAAAAUUAUCAUGCCAUUAGAACAAUUUUCAUGAGAUACGAAGAAGAACGUAGAAAGAGAUUUUUCAGUCCAAAGAAACAAGGAGAAGAUAAGAGCAGGAUUCAAAGUUUAACAGCAGAAGGUGAAAAAAGCGGUGAGCAAGACAGUGAGCAAAGUGGGACAAAAACUGGUAGUGCAGAGAGAAAAAAAAUUAUAAAUAUAGAGGAAAUUCUUCAUAAAAGAAAAAUUGUCAAUACAUCUAAAAGAGUUGUAGAUAAAAUAAUUCAACAAGAUACAAUUAAAAGAAAAAAAAAAGAUAAUAUCCAUGAAUUGAAUGUAUCUACCGUAAAGAAGGAAGAUGAAAGAAAAAUGAGUUUGGACAUAUACAAACAAGAGUUUCGAAAACUCAUGACAAAUAAGUUCAUGUCGAAGUACGUUAUAGCUCUUAAAACAGCUAUUAACAACUAG